CAACGUCGGAACUUGACAGUGUGACACCCAGCGGAAGUAAACAACGGAGUUAGCGGGGGAAAGAUGGAACGUUAGUAGUCUUCGCCGAGGUAAAACAACAAUGUCGUCAGUUGAGAACAUGAGAAAGUUUGUCCACGAGCGGCUGACUGCUGCUGCGGAAGAAAUAUUCAGAGUUUUUGAAAAAACUAUCUUCGAGUACCAGGAAGAGGUCGACCGUCAGCGCAGACUGCUGGACAUCGUUUGGAAACCUGAAAUAAAGCUACACAGAACAGAGCUCCCAGAGCAACAUGUCUGUAAGGAUGAGAAGGAAGAAGAGGUUCUCUCUGAGCAGCAGCUCUGUAUUCAGGAGAGGAGCUCCAGUCUGGACCAAGAGGACCCAGCGCCUCCACAGACCAAAAAGGAACAAGAGGAACUCUGCACCAGUCCGGAGGGAGAGCAGCUUGAGCUGAAGCAGGAGACUGAGACCUUCAUGUUGACUCCUACUCAUGAGGAAACGGACCACAGUGAGCCAGAACCCACAACUGACCACCAGCUCGUAGCUGAGAGCCCAGAUCGUAAAGGAAGUGAGCAUGAAGACUCUGAAUCAACCAGAAAUCCAGAGCCAGAACCAAAGAAAAUAGAUCCCAAAAAUAGAAGUCACUCUGACAAUGAGAACUUGUUAAAGAUUCCCAAUGAUACUCAAAUCAGGAAAGCACUUUUCCAAUGUGAUACAUGUGGAAAAACGUUCACGUCCAGGUCAGGUUUGUCUACACACCUGAGAACCCACACAGAUGAGAAGCCCCUUUCUUGCACAUUAUGUGGAAAACGAUUUAGUGGGACAUCAAAAUUGAAAAGCCACAUGACAACACACACAGGUGAGAAGCAGAACUGA